GACGGAUUGCAUUCAGCCCAGCGCAACUCGAGAUGAAACCUCUCCUCGACUGUAUAAUUUUAGACUCAAAAGUUCUGAGAAAAGGGCUCCUCGGUCACCCUGAUGAAUGAAUUCUUACAUUUUCAAUAGGACUCUGGGGUCCAUUCAUGCGUCCACAUUUCAUAUCGCUCAAACCACUCGCCUAGUCCUAAACCUUGAGCCAGCACCUGGCAUACGCUUCGCCAGUCAGCACAACCCUCAGUCGGCGCAUGGCCAAUCCCAAGAGAAUCAUGACGGUCUUCUAGGUAUAGAAGAGGAAGUAUACGCUCAUAAAGCCGGCGUGAAAGUGCUUGCUAUUGAUCAGAAUGACGGCAGAUUCAUGAUCUCCGGCGGCGCAGACCCGUCCAUCCAUUUAUGGGAUCUAGAGUCUCGCGGGUCCGAGCUAAAUCAUGUUCAUCGCUCGGUGGCGUCCGUCAAUAAGACCACACAUGAGGAUGCUCACACACAUACUAUUACAUCCAUUUCAAUAUAUCCGUUUGACCCAACCCCGUCCACCAUCUUGACCACCUCGCAUGAUGGUACGCUCAAACUCUCAGCAUUGACCUCUGAGGCCAUCCUUCCUGUGCACACAUUUAAUCUGGACUGCACACCCUAUGCGCACGCCAUGUCAUCGCACCCCGGAGCGCCGCCCCUCAUCGCCGUCGGCACAUCCGAGAAGACCGUUCGCUUGCUGGACCUGCGUUCGGGUCUAUCCACGCACGGCCUCCCCGGCCACGAAUCAGCGGUGCUGUCAGUCGCAUGGGCGCCGCACCAGCCCCAUAUCCUAGCGACAUCGUCGACGGAUAACCGAGUGAUCCUCUUUGAUGUUCGCCGCGGCGGGCACAACUCCGCCAUCGCCGCGUUAGACAUGAACGACGCGGUGGGACUUGUCCGUCCCGCAAUAGCCUCCACAUCCUAUCAACCUCGGCCAGCCUUCUCGCCGCAUGCGCGCACACACAACGGAGCCGUCACAGGUGUCCGGUGGACCUCGACCGGCUCGCACCUUGUCACCGCGGGCCAGGACGCCCGGAUUCGCGUUUGGGAUGCCGGGACCGGGGCGAACACCCUGGUCCACUUCGGAUCCCGGGUUCGCAACAGCGUCUCGUCCCAUCUGGCGGAGCGAGCGCCCCUCGUCGUCCCGCGUGGGCUCACGGCGGCGGGCCAGGAGACGCUGCUGUGGCCCAACUUCAACGAGUCCGACGACCGCGGUGAGAUAUUCAUGUUCGAGCUGCAUGAAGGAGCAUUUAUCAAGCGUCUUCGAGUGCCCGGAUUGGCGGCCGUCGCUGGUAAGCAACUGCGAGGUCGCUCAACUGCGCUAAGCGCGGCGCGGAUCAAUUCACUUGUAUGGCGCGGCAACGGCGCAUCCGGCGAAGGAAUUGAAAUGUUCUCCGCUCAUGGGGAUGGCACCAUCCGCAGCUGGGUUUCUCGGGAACCAGAGGGAGAACCGGACGAAACCGAGGAGGCCGAGCGAGCCGAACGCAAACGUAAACGCGAUGUUCUCGACGAGAUCUACCGUGGCUUCAUCAGUUAA